GUCCCCACUCUCGCCAGGGGCGGUGAGAGACGUUGGGGGCGAGGAAGGGGAGCUCCACCCCGGACACUGGGGAGAGGGCGGGCGAAGACCGGUUGUUGACUUCCGGGUGCAAUGUCGGAACAAGAGCGUAUACAAGAAUGCCUGAGGAAAGAAAUAAGGUCACUUCUCAUUUCCACCAAAGAUGGUUUGACUGCACAGCAGUUGGAAAAGGAGUACCUCCUGAUGGUUGGCAGCCAUCUACCACUCCGAGUCCUUGGGUAUCGGUCCACUAUGGAGCUGGUGUUGGACAUGCCUGAUGUUGUUAGUGUCUGCACCUGUGGGGAUGGUACUGUAAUAUUGAAAGCCAUUCCAGAUGAAUCCACCAAAGGAAUAGCAAGUUUAGUUGCAAAACAGAGGAGCAGCCAUAAAGUUCGAAGCUCCAUGCAGAAGGGAAGGGCCAGUGUGUGUUCUGGGGCAAGCUCCCGUCGGCGAGUACCUUACCGAGGAAGGGUUCCUCCUAUUCUUCCCGCUGUUGUGAAGAGUGAGUUGAAAGACCUGUUGGCGUUAUCUCCUGUUCUCCUUUCUGAUUUUGAAAAGGCAUUUGCCAAGAGAUUUGGACGAUCAUUCCAAUAUGUGCAAUAUGGAUUCCUCUCUAUGUUUGAAGUGCUGAAUGCAGCUUCAGAUAUCAUUUCUGUAGAGCAGACCAGAGCAGGUUCUUUGUUGACACUAAAGAAGAGUGUACCAGAGGACAAGCAGAGAAGAUGGUCAGCAGGUAAAAUUUUUACCCAGCCACUUAGAAUGAAACAAGGGCCAUACUGCACAGGCUUCCCGGUGGCAAAGGCAUGCUUUUCACAGCCCACCGCAAACGUGGGGCCACCGAAGCAAAUACUGAAUGUGGAGAAGACUUCCAAGUUAAAUGUAGUGGAGACUUCAAGACUGAAUCAUACUGCAAAAUUAAACCAGUUGGAGAAUACAUUCAAAUCAGUUAUUGCACAAAUUGGACCUGGAGGAACUAUCAAUCCAGAACUAAAGCAUAAGAUAAAAUUUGUUGUAUCUAAGUUUCCAGAGGGUUUGUUUAUUUCUAAACUGCUUAGAGAGUUUGAGCUAAUUUUUAAAGAGCAGCUUUCACCAAAAAAAUUGGGCUUCUUAAAUGUGACAGAACUUGUUGGAGCUCUUAGUGACAUUCUCCACGUUGAAUUCAGGGAAGGAGAACAAGACUUAGUAGUGUUUGAUGCUGAUAUGAAGCCUCUACCACCUGUUCAAUCAGAUAGGAAAAUAGAAGCCAAAGCUUAUGUCUCCAGUCCCCCUAGAAAUUCACUGUCUACUGCUGCUAUCAAGGAGACUUCAUGGGAUUUCCCUUCAAAAAACCAUAAAGAGCCACAACAGAAGAUUUGCAAGAAGCCUAAUCUUGUGGUGAAGCCUUUACAGCUGCAACUAGAGAUAAACAAAUCACAGCUCAACCUGCCGAUGGCAAACCCUGAUAUCCCACCAGAUGCUGUACGGGACAAGAAAUUAUGCAGACUCCCACCAUUAGAUACCAGUACGCUUGUAGGGGUCUUUGUGGAGUAUAUCAUCUCUCCUAGUCAAUUCUACAUCCGUAUCUAUAGCAGGGAUUCAUCAGAGUUACUUGAAGACAUGAUGAUUGAAAUGCGGCGCUGUUAUUCUAAUCAGCUGGUUUCUGAUCGCUAUGUCAUGCCCGAAUAUUUUAUCCAACCGGGACAUCUCUGUUGUGUAAGGAUUUCGGAGGAUAAGUGGUGGUAUCGGGUCAUUAUCCAUCGAGUCCUUGGGAAGCAGGAAGUUGAAGUGUUCUACCCAGAUUUUGGAAAUAUUGGAACUGUUCAGAAGUCCUCUCUGAGGUUCCUCAAGUGCUGCUACACAAAGCUUCCAGCUCAGGCCAUCCCUUGUUCUUUGGCUUGGGUGAGACCAGUAGAGGAACACUGGACAUGCAGAGCUAUUUUGCAGUUCCAGAAGUUGUGUGGUUUGAAGCCUUUAGUGGGGGUAGUGGAUGAAUAUGUAGAUGGAAUCCUUAACAUUUUUCUAUGUGAUACAUCCUCAAAUGAAGACAUCUAUUUCCAUCAUGUCUUGAGAACAGAGGGUCAUGCUAUUGUAUGCCGAGAAAAUGUCUCUUCUAAGGGUUUCAGAGAACUCAACCCUUUAGCUUUAUACACUAAAUCCAGUGGAGGGCCAGAGGAUGUUGUUUUGACAGAACUGGGUUAUCCUUCCCAGCAGCACUAUUUUAAUGAAGACCGAAAGAUAAGUCCACAAUCAAAAGAGAGUGAGUUACAUACCUUGCAAAAUAUUAAUGAUGAGAAAUCUGCAAGUCACCUUAAAUCUGAGUCAAAGGAGCCAUUAAAGGAUUCUGAAUUCAGUUCUUUGAAAACCCAUAAGAGCUGUGAAGACGAUCCAGAGUGGUCCAUCCCAGAGCCAAAGGAUCUGAAGGAAGAAAAUGAGGAUGAUAUCCCCACUGGAAUGCCAUGCCUGGAGUCAGUGACCAUAGGUGAUGAUAUUUGGGAUGAGAACUGGUUACCUCUGCAGGCUAAGAUGGGAAACAGAGAUGAUGCUGCCUCCCAUCUAUUUACCUCAAGGCUUGGUGGAAAGAAACAGUAUCCAUCAUGUGAAGAAAUGCCACAGAAGGAUUGGUGUUUUUCUACAUCUGAAGAUAUAUGGGGUGAUUCAUGGCAGCCUUCAGGCCCUGUGAAUGGAAUGAAAGUAGAAGUUCAAAAACCAGGACUGGGUGCUCAGGAAAAACAUACUGGCACAACUGGGAUUCAAAAGCAACCAAACUCAAAGGGUUCUUCAGAUUCUUCUACACUCCCCAAAUUGGAAGAAUUCUGCAUCUCUCUCAUCCAGUCACAGCAAUCAGCAGAAGGGGGCCAAUUUGAACCUAACAACAUUCAGACUCAGCCAAAUCAAAUGCAGCUAUCCACAGCAGUCCUAGAUUCAACUCCUGCAGUGGUUGAUUCCCCAGAAAAACAAUCUGGUUCUGUGGAAAGCUCUCCAGGGAGCCUAAAGAAUGAAGAUUUUUCUAGUAGCCAUGCCGUUACAGUGUUCAAAGACAAGAGUCAAGGAGCCAUGGACCAGCUCUCUUUAAUCUUGUCUCCUGAACACCAGAUUUCUCAGAAGCUCUACAUUCCUCGAAGCACAGCCACUGCUGCUUUAGGAGCUGCCGCACGGUUAGCUAUGUCCAGGAGCCUUCUACACUGGUACCCCAGUGUGAAAAGGAUGGAAGCAUGAGGGAGAAAGGGAGAAAAAAAUAAACCAGCUGCUUAGGGCUUGGUGAUCUCCAAGCCAAAAUAAGGAGGUAUCGAAGCAAAAAUAGUAUUUGAUGGUUGAUGCUCUUGUCUUUCUGUGUGACUAUAUGUUAGCUUUAUUAGGCUAACAGUCUGUUUUGAUGUGUAAGUAUUGAUAUUUAAUUUUCGUUUUGAUUUUAUUCUGUUUAGUUUUGUUCACCUUUGUUUUUAAUGUAGUCGUUUAAAGGAAUUUUUGUUUUUUGUUUCUGUGCAUGUUUUUCUUGUACAUAUCAUGACUGAUAAAUGAAAAUUAAAAAACAAAUGUUUUGUGAGCCACAUUUAGCAAGACAAAAAUAUAUUCUCACAUCCCUAUCUCCAGAAAAAGUAUGUCUGAAUCUUAGGGCUGCUACUUUCUAUAUAAUUUGAAAUCUUUUGUAUCAUAGAGCAUCAUUAUUUCUUUAAAAUAUUAGGAUCAGUAAGAAAAUUUACACCCUGAUAUUACUAGGUCAUAUAAAUACAUUUACAUUUUUAAAAAAUUAAGCUGUUUUCAGUAUAGGCAAUUUCUAAAACAUAGCUGAGCCAGUUCUAUGGUUAUCACAGUUCCCAGGAGCCUUAAUGUAGCAGCAGUUCAGCAGUGGUAUUGUUUAAGCAUUUAGAUAACAUGAUGUUCUUUCUCUGAAGUCAAAUUGUGUGAAAUAUUGUGUCAGUCUGUUGAGCUGAUAGUAUAAAUCAUCAAGAGAAAAGGCUGAAAGGUGAAAUUUUAAAAUGUGAGUGAUACUAAUUAAUUUCUUUGUGCUAAAGUACCAGACUUAUACCCAAACUUUAAAAAUAAUAUUAUUGUACCCACAGAAUUAACCCCCAAUACAGAAUCAUUUCUUAGAAGUAAAAUCAGCAAGAGGUAUAAAUUGCUGGCAUGUUGCAUGUAACUAGGUUCUUACCUAUCUAGCUGCUUUUCUGAGGCCUCCUAUUUUGGCAUUAAAUGGCAGAGCUGGUCUUCUAGUUCCUCUCUCUUUUUAUAAUAAGGGACUUUUCCUCUUUCCUUCUCAGCUACUUAAUUAGCAAAAUAUCCACUAAGGAAGGGAGUGGGAUGGAAGUGCGUUUUGAUUAUUACUGGCUGAACCUUCUUUGAGUUAUGUAAUCAUGAAACAGAAUUAAACUCAACCUUUAAUACUGAUAAAAUCCUUAAAGAAAACAUUUAAUGUAAUAAAACUUAAAAAUCUAGACUCACCUUUAAUUACAAUAUAUCUAUAAGAAUAAUGAUAUACUAAUUGAGAAAAAAAGACAAAAGUAAUCUGGAAACAUCACUGAUAGUUGAUCCAACAGAUAGAGUAGAUUUGGGCUUUUGUGAUUUUAUAUCAGUCAUCUUUAUUGGAAAAGACAGGUGGAGAGUUGUAUGGAGGGUCAGUGAACCAUUAAAUAUCAUAUGAUGGUUAAAUAUCAUACAUAGAUGAUGCUUAACUGAUAUGAACUAGUGAAGCUAUUUUCAUAUAACUUUAGAUAAUUAUCCAUAAUUUGUUUCUAAAGAAGAAAAGUCAUUGUGAAAUGAUGCCUCUUAGUAUUCUUCCUUUAAAAAGGCAGGUCUGAGUAAUAUACUUUACUUCUCUAGAUGAGCACUUAAACUGGGUUUUAGGCAAGGUAAAUCUGGUGGAAGCAUAUGUCAUUAAGUGGAAGAGUUGAUGGCAGUACACGUUUUAGUAGGUUAAACUGUAACCCUCUCUGUAAUAACAUCCAGAUACCAGGAGGAAGUCUGCCAAAGCUAGGUAGCCAUAUUACAGGUUUGAUAGUUGGUUUCAUAACUUGACAGGGACUAAUUUUUUACACCUUGCAAAUUAGAUGGGGAUUAGGAAAUAACUGUGCUAUGGCUUUUUCAAAAUCCCAUCCAUUUGCAAAUGCCUGGCAAGAAUCAUUUAGACAAAAGCAUACACUUUGAAAGAAGCCUAUUUAGUAAUUAAUGGUUAACAUCUUAUUUGAGUUAGAAUGAAGAUUUGAGAGGAUUGUACAUUUUGACUUCUUGGCUUUGGGACAAUCUACCUUCUCCCCCCAGAAAUGGGCUUUGUUUAAUAGUUGACCAAAAUAUCAGCCCCAAGCUGCAAACAAAUUAAAUAGAUCAUUUGAAAAUGAGUAAAUGGUUUUCUGUAUUUGGGCAGGAGCAACAAUGAGAAAAAACAGUGCACAAGAUAAGCAGAUGCUCUGUGGUUUGGGUUUAAAUUUUAUUGUCAAAAGAUGGGGUUGACAUCUGUGCUUUGAACAGCCACCCCAAUGUUUUUGGCGUUAAGGAGCUAUUAGCCGUAAUGGAGGUCCCCAAGAAAUGCUGACUGAGAAGUGGGCCCUGAGGUGUGUGAGGAAAUGGGCGAAAACAUACAGGAAAAUCCUGGUGCUAAACUCCUCAGAGGGACUGGCUUUACUAAUAGCCACUCAGGUUUCAACUCCAGUGGUUUAUAGCCAAUACUACCCCUCUCCCAUCCAAAAAUACCCCCAUGAAGUAUCAAAAGAGGAGCCAUUCUAGCAGUAGUCAGCCUUCGCCCUCUAACUUUCACAUGUUUGAGACACCAAUUGCCCAUUUUAAGGCAUGAGAAUAAGUAAAGGCUUCUGCCUACAUUCAGCCUAUGUCUAACCUAGAGACUUAGAAUUACAGAAUUUUGAUCUAUAAAGGGGCCUUAGAAGAGGAAAUUCGAAGCCUAGAAAGACUGACUUUCCUACAGUCAUACAACUUGAGUUCUCCUAACUGCUGACUCGUAGGUCUGUGUCCUUUCCAUAGGAAAACACUGCUGCUCCAUCUUGUGCACUUUAAAUGAUUGGAUGGCAGAAGACACAGUUUCGGCAGCACAGUCCAUAAGAAUGUGGUUGUGACAGCUGAACAAACCCUUGGUGGUGGGGGGCAAGGGACUGAUUUACAAAGAUCUUAUUCUUGAAUGUGGAUAAACAUAACAGUGGGCCAGUGCUGUAGCAUGAAGGAUCUGAAAAGGGGGUAUCAUAAGGAAUGAGAAACCAACAUCUUACAAAGGAAUCUUCCUGAAACUUUCUAUUAACAUUUAUACUAUAUAGCUAGGUUUUCCUAACAAGUUUUCAAUAUAUUUUUGGAAUUUAGUUUCAUGUAUACAGUAUCAUGGACAGCAUUCACUGUAUGUCUUAUUCAUAAUUUUGCAGGUAUUAUCACUAAGGCAUUGAAGCUAUUUCAUUUCCUGUAUCCCAUUCAAAUCUUGACCUUUUCCAAGAUGCUAAGGUGCAUAGCUGUGCCCACUCAGUCUGCCUUUGCAGUUUGAAUUUAGCCCCAUUCCUAACAAGUGCCAUUUGUCUCCUGUAGGCAGUCACCAGCCUGCCUACCAAGUUUGUGGUACCAUUGGCCUACUGAAGCCAGAAUCCUUUAAACACGUUUGUUUUAACUUUGUGAUGGAAAAUGUUUUAACUGCUCCGUCAAGGACUUCUCUAAUGUUGAGUAUCAUAAUUGUUUGCCACUUUUCAUGUGAAAUUGAGUGUUUAACCAUACCUCAAACUAAUUAUAGAAUUUAUUCACAGUUAAAUUUUCUUGGUUGUAAACAUAGUUUUCAGGAAAUGCUUUUAGCUUUCUAUUUUAUGUAAACGUUUAUGUUUCUGUUAAAAUAAAUUUUUUUAAAUUAUGGAAAAAUGGUUAUAAGAAACAAUGUUUACUUGAUUAUAACUUUCUGGUGCAAUUUAAAUAACCUGAUGAGGAAACCAAGUUUAUGACUCCGUCUCUGCUCUCUAAACUUUUGUUACAGAACUAAUGGAAAGUUGUUGGGAUCAACAAAUGAUGAUUAGCUUAGUCUUCGGAGUUUGUAACAGUAUUUUGUUUGAUUUAAAUAUCUGUGAAGUUGGAAUUUGUUUUAUAAAAAAUGUCCAGGUAUUUCUUUGUAAUUAGUUUUUGUAGUGUUGAUUCUGUAGGAAUGCAAAUUUCACUUAAAUAUGUGACCCAAAGAACUUAGUUGAGUAAAAUAUAAAAUUCAUGUAGUUGAAAAACA